CAAACAAACAAAAAAACAGAGACAACACCACCCUACCUGAUUCUCACUCCCACUUUUAGUACAGUGCAUCUAUUUCUAAGGUUUUGCAGGAAAUAUUUAGUCAAGAUGGAAAAAAUAACCUAAACGCCUGUAAUAUGUCAGUAACAGCGUGGAGGUGGAGCUGAGGUUAGGAGAGUCCCCCUGAGGGAGUAUAACACAGUAACUCGCACAUAUUCUCAGGAAGAUAUCGCGACGAUUGUCUCAGGCACUGUUUUUACUACAGCCCCCGUACAAAGACGUGGUUGAAGAUGUUUGCUAAAGCGACCAGGAAAUUCGUGGAUGCGAUUGACCCCGAUGGCUGUUUAAUCCCCGUCUCCCGGCUGAAUGAAUCGGAUAAUUUGACGGUUUCCUCGCUGGUCAUCAAGCGGAAUCCCUUCUGGUGCUGGCAGCAACCCAGAUACAUUCCCACAGACUUCAAUCUGAACGAUGUGCUGCUCGGGGAAAGGCCCAUCAGUCCAGUUCUGAUCGAGACAGACUUUUUAAACUAUAAUCGUACAAUGGAAAAUAACACAGCUGGGGGAGCUGAAGCAGGUAUCGGUCCUGGAAACCUGAACAUCGAAGGAAAAGGUUCGACCAAAAUCGCAUCCUCAUUUGGGAGACUUAAGAAGCAAGAAGUGGAUGUUCAGAAGCUACUACGUGACUCUAAAGAUAGACGUCUGGAUUUUCAGCACUCCCUGUUGAAGCAGACACUGCAGCGGCAGCGCGAGGUGUUCGCGCUGGUAAAGGAGCGAAUCAUAACCACACAGACCUGCAUGGUUAUUGAGGAAGUACACGGGGGAGGAAGCUUCUCAGCCUUUCUUGGGUUCACUGUUCCCAAGAAGAUUCAGGUUUCGGUAAAGAAUGGCAGCCUUCAUUCUGACAGCAAUGUUGUUCUAGAAAUCCCAGCUAACACGGCCCUGGCUUACAGUUUAAUGGAGCUCAACGUGAGCAGCACAGGUCAAUUUGAUCUGUGCCUGAUGCCAGACAGCUACGGAUGCUUUGAGGUGGACAGCCUGCACAAAUCAAAACCAAACCUGCUCUUCAGUGCUCCAUGUGAACCAUCAAUCCAAAAGCUAUGGAAUGACUUGGAAAAUUUGCAGGUUCAGUUCAAGGUGCUUUCAGGACUCCCUGCCAGCACACGCUCAUUUCUCUUCCAGCAAAUCACUCUCCUCAUGAAGGACAAGACAGCCAUCAGUAGCCUGAACCUUGCAUUGGAGAAUUUGCUCUGUGGUAGAGAGUCUGAUCUCUCCACAUUGGACAAAGCGCCCUCUCUGAAGAAAGCAGUACAGACUACGUUGGAGCUGCUCAAGGAGAAAGAAGAUGCAGAUCAUGCCCCACUGGAAACAGUCCCCUUGGAACAACAGAUGGAGCCCUCUGCCCUCACUGCCACAAACGUCCUCACCAGUGCCUUAGAGGAGAUGACUGAGUCGAGCUUGAGUGCACUAGAGUCCUGCUGCGAUCACCCCACCUUACAGGCACUGCACCUGCUGGUACAAAAUGUUAUGGAAAACAAAGAGUGCUUCUUGAAGGAUAGCAUACUCACCCCAUUGGCUGAAAAGGACACUUACAGUAAAGUACAGGAGCUCUUUGGAUCUUCCAGUGUGAUGCUGUCCAAAGAGGAGGACUUGAUCCAGGCCCAGAUCAGCAGCCAGCAGGGGAACUCUCCUCUAAUCUUGUGCAUCGCCAUCUUUGGUUUGGCCUCGUUAGCGUCCCCAACUGACUAAGUGUCGGGUCAAGACAGACCGAUUGUGAAACACACAUGAACAAAUGUCUUUUGGAACAGGACUAAAUUGUUGUAAAUGAGAAUAACCAAAAACUAGUUAAAAAAUAUAAAAAUAUAAUUAUAUUUUUCUUCAUAUAAAUAUUUUAUACAGAGAAACAAUCAUUUUCUAGUGUAACAAGCAGGACUCGAUGGAAACUGUGUUGAUGGGGAUGCCCCUGCUGCCCACAAGUCUAGUCACACUUCUUGAUGAUUGACUAAUCUUGUGCAUUUCAUUAGUAAUACCUGGCUGAUGUUUCUGGAAUUAGGAAGGGUGUGCUUAUUUUUCCAACCUGGUUUCUGAAUGUUAAAGUCUGUUAUGGGGUUUUUUGUGUUGUUGUUGUUGUUGGUGUCGUCAUCACCUGAGAUUAUUUGUUUGUUUAUAGAAGUUGGUGACGACCACACAAUUGUUCUCACCAACAGUUAUUGAUAUUUAGGCCCUGAUACAUAUAAACAUAGCACAUGUGACCUUGCCCCUGUUUGGAUAAAUUCCAAAAUCUCAUCUGUUCAUCUGCUGGUUACACUGGCUAUUCUUACAUGUACAUCAAUAUUACAAUAUUAAUCAGAAUUUGAAUUAGCAUAUAAUUAGACUAUUUUAAAUAUUCUAAUUAGUAUUGAGUAAUGUAAAUGCAGCAAUCUAAUUGUCUGAUUCAAAUUAAGACAAUAUUCUGAUUCCCCAAAUUCGGAUUCCCUAUGCCUGUUUUAAUUUGAAAUUUGUUGCAUGUAAACACCUUAUUCAGAAAUUCUACUGAAAGGAGAUCUAUGCGGACGCUCAGUCCGCAAGGAAUUGUGGGUGCUGACAGAUGCUUAGCUGUAGGCUAGCUAUUUAGGAAUGGCAACUCAGGCAUACUUACAACAACCAUGUAUACAGGAAUAUUCCGAUGCCUGUACACAUAUAAACAUUGUAAUCGGAAUAUGGCUGCAACCCAAAUAUAGCCCUUAAAUGGUAUUUGAUGUGCAUGAAAACACUGUUGCCUCAGGUCACAAACCCAUUUUAAUCACUUUGUUGCCAAUAAAAGGGUUAGUUACAGUUAGUUUGUUACAGGUACAUUUAUAUAGCGCUUUUCUAGUCACCUAAAGCGCUUUAAUUGUAUGGGGGGAAAUCUCCUCAACCACCACUAGUGUGUAGCAUCCACCUGGAUGAUGUGACAGCAGCCAUAGUGCGCCAGAAUGCCCAGCACACACCAGCUAUUGGUGGAGAGGAGAGAGUGAUGUAGCUAAUUCAGAGAUGGAGAUCAUUAGGGGGCCAUGAUCGAUAAGGGCCAAUGGGGGAAUUUCGCCAGGACACCAGGGUUAUACCCCUACUCUUUUACAAUAAGUGUCCUGGGAUUUUUAAUGACCACAGAGCGUCAGGACCACGGUUAACGUCUCAUCCGAAAGACGGUGCUGUUUUUAAUGAAGGUCAAUGAUGAAGCCAUGACUUGGAAUCAACCAAUAGAAAAAACUUGGUCACAGAACUUUCUGGAGGCCAUUUGAAAGUCUUGUUGUGGCAUGGUGAACCUUGUGGAGGAUGCAUGUUUUUGCUUUGGAGAACUGCCCUCAGAAAAGCAAUUUUUGUUGAUUUUCUCACCCAUCAAACAUAUGAUUCACAUUUGUUACUGGGUGCACGUAGUUUCUAAACAUUAAAAAUCUUCAUAAAUGAUUUGUAUGUUGUUAGCAAUUGCUUAAAUGGGUUUGUGGCCUAGAAGCAACACUGUGUGACAGUGGAAUUGAUGUGCAGAGAAUGCUGCACUUAAUGUGUAUUAUGUUUUUAUUAUUACAUGUAAGUACUUUUUUGUAGUAUGUAUUCAGUAUGAUUGUCAUGUAGUAGUAUACAGUAUAUUACACUAAUGCACAGCUUCCCAACCCUUGUCCCAGAGUAUCACUUGUCCUGUCCUGUGUUUUCGCAGCUCUAGUAAACCCAAUUCCACUGUUAAUUAGCUGAUUAGGUGAUUCAGGUGUGUUGGAAGCAGGAAUCAGUAGACCAGGGUUGGGAACCUGUGCCCUAAUGUCACUUUUACUCAGAAAAUGCAAUCCUCAACAUUGAGGAUUUCAUUUGAGGAUACUGAGGAUGAGUUAGGAUUUAGUGUUGAGGAAACAGUAUUGGUGGGGUUUGAGGUUGAAAAUGAUGGUGUGUAGACAGCUAUAGCCAGUGAAAGGGACGAUGUUGCAGGCACAGGUUUUGAUGAAUAUUUACUGGCAGAAACAAGUUAUUUUAUAUAUAAACAUGUCUACAAUCUAUGAAUAUGCAGUCUCAUGAUUUGCUCAACUAGAUCAAAUAUGAUUUCGGAGAGAAUAGUGAAAGUUCAGGGAAGGCUACAGGUUUGACGGGGAAACAUGACAUGACCAAACAAGACUACUGGACAUUGAGGGUAGAAAGCUGAGGCAAAUGCAAGUUUUGCAAAUGCAAAUCUUCUAUGAAAGCAUAUAGUUAGGUUCACGUAUAAUGUGUACCGCUCCUUUUACUGGACAAAAAAAACAUUUUAAUGGACAUUCGCAUGCAGGAUUUAAUUUUUAAGUUACAUUUUAAUAUUUAGCAUCGAAUUGUAUUGCCACUCAGCAAUUUCUUUGUAAAUACUUAAAUAAAAUUCAGUUUUAUAUGAU